UCUCCACCCAUGCUCUCCACGCAUCACAUCCACGUUGAAAUCUGUCAAAGUACUGAAAGCAAGCUGGAUUAACAUGGUUGUUGUAGGUUUAAGCUGAACUUAAUUUUGAGGUCGGUUUGAUUUCUGUUUUGUGAUAUUGUAUUUACGAGGCUAAAACAAACCGUUUGCUUUGAUCAUUUGCUGAUUUGUUGAAGGGCAACGUUAGCUUUCGAGUUAGCAGCAAUAACGAGUAACAUUAGAAAUAAACUAACUUACUAGCAAGCACUGAAUGAAUUUAUUGGAAAACAUGGUAUGCAUUUGAAAUAUAUCACUGCUUGUUCGGUAGGAGUGAAUCUAAACUUAUAUCCUGCGAACAAAACGGUUUUAAAAGGUGUUUCAUUGGCUUAAGUUAGUUUAUCUGGUUUAAGCAGGUGUUCAGCUGGUCAGUAUCUAGACAGUUUGUUUUUACAUUCUGACCAGAUGACAAAGCGCCCAAACUCCUCUACAGUUAACCAUCAAACCUGACCAAUGGAAACCUUCUGUUGGGUAGCUAAGACCAGAAAAUCAGGCUAGUUUAGUAGAUAAUUUUCUAUUUGAGGAAUUUUUUUGUCAAAUUUAUUGCAAAUAUGCAGAUGUGCAAAAGAAUAUACCAAGUCUCCAGCCAAGUUAGCAAUAGCCAUUAUUUGGUAGGCCUGUAUCAAUUACGUUUUACCCCUAUGUCUGCUUAUCACUGCGCAAGUCCACUUCUUUUGCCGAGAGAUAUUGAAUGGUUGAGAAAAAAUCCUUUACGUUCUAAUAAAGUCACAAAGACAAAUGUAUCUAGGCAGUACGAACAUUUACAAGAUGCUACUAUUCCCAAAUUAACAAAAAUGCCAAGCAGACAAUCUCAAGCGGCUGUAGAGAAAAGAUCAAUACCAGAGAGAAAAGUGUCUUCUGAGCUUCAGAAACUUAGGUUUGAAGAUUUUGAUGAGUCUGAAUCUGGAAAGAUCUUUGGUAUCCAUAAAGACAUUGAUGAAGACAAGCAGUUGGAGAUUGUGUAUGGGGUGGCCCCAUGCUUGCUGGCCCUCAUGCAAGGUAGGAGAAAACCCAGUCGUCUCUUUGUAAAAGAAGAUAAAGGGCCCCAGCGAGACGCAGUCCUUAGGGUCUGUCAGGAGGGCAUCAGGCAUGGUGUGCAGAUCCAAAGAGUCAAUAAGAAAACACUUGACAAGAUGUGUGGUGGUAAAGUGCACCAGGGGUUGUGUCUUUUAGCAAGUUCACUAGGUUUUAUCAGAGAAGAAAGAUCAGUAACAUUACAGCACAAGGAGAACCAAGGGACAUUAUGGCUUGUUUUGGAUGGAAUACAAGAUCCUAUGAAUCUUGGUGCCAUUUUACGGUCUGCAUACUUCCUGGGAGUGGAUCGGGUGGCCAGCAGCAUUCAUAACAGCUGUCCAUUGACGCCCACAGUAAGCAAAGCCAGUGCUGGUGUGAUGGAGGUCAUGGAAGUGUUUGGCUACAGCAGUCUGGAAGAUAUUAUAAAGGCAAAAGCAGUACAAGGUUGGCAAGUAGUUGGCACAGUUGGAUUCGAGAUUGGAAAUUGUGAAGGUCCAAUUAUGCCGUGUUCUGAUUUUAAGAUGUCCAGACCUACACUGCUGAUAAUGGGUGGAGAGGGACAGGGUUUGUCUUCCGAUCUGAGGCAACUAUGUGAUGUCCUCCUCACCAUUCCUCCACGCAGAGACCUGCAGCCUGGAGUAGAAUCCCUCAAUGUGUCUGUAGCCACAGGCAUCCUGUUGCACUCUCUUCUGUCCUCACGCACAGGAAGUUGAUGAUGAUGGCGGCAGGGCUGCAGCAUUAUUUACUCAGACGUCUCUCAUUAGUCCCCUACAGUGAUUAAUGACUGGAUUACUUCAUCAAUUAACAGUCUGAUAGUCUGGAGAGGCCCAUUGAUCAGAUAAAGAGAGACUGUAGGUGCAUCCUGCGGCCUUGACUGCACUGUGUGACUGGCUUGUUUAAGACAAAACCUGUUCUGUUUUAGGUCUUUAUGAACUCUUUAUGCGAGUUUCAUAUUUAGGAAGAAUAAACAAACAAAGCACAGA